AUGAGUGCAUGUGGUUUGCCUAAUGCCUAUAGCCACAUUUCACCUGCUGCUGAGCUGGUUGUCAUGAUGCUCCCUUUGUGCAUGAACCUCCAGGAUUUUCUAGGAUGUGAUUUGGAAUUUAGACUAUUCCUUCUAUACCUUCACAAUACCACAUCCAUGGAAACUUCCCAGCCUCUUUCUAUUGAAAGCUUCUCGUAUAGUUGGUUAGUAAACCUGAGGCCAUCAUCACUAGAAAGCCUUGAUAGCUCUCUUAGAACUUCCCUUGAUGCAUCUGAUGAAGCUUCUUUCAUUGAGAUGGACCCAAGAAAGCCACCCUCUAAAAGAUUCUUUAAGAACUCACAGGACUCCAAAUUUGACUUCCCAAUUUCACAGUCCCCUCUUACUCUUGUCCACGCAGAUGAACUCUUUUCCAAUGGCUACCUCAUGCCUCUUUUUGUUGAAUCACUGCAAAUGGAAGAAUAUGAGUCAUCUGACUCCAACACAAGCCUGGUUUCAUCAUCACAUGCACCGAAGAGCGAGACUCCUCCAGGUCCUUCUAGAUGUCUUUCCUUAAAAAGGUGCAGAACACUGUCAAGGAAUGUAUUCCAGAAGUAUCUGAAUUUCUUAAGGCCUUUGUGUAAAAGAUUGAGGGGUCACAAAUCAAGUACUGACACUGUUGCUAAAAGAGGUGAGUCUGUGAAGAAUAGGAGAUACUAUUCAGACACAUCCCCGCGUAUUAGUGUAGCCUUUUCUGCUGAUGAUUGGCGCUACUCUUGUGAUUCUGAAAGCUCAAUAUAUGAGGCAGUUCUCCAUUGCAAAAGAUCCAUCGGUAAUGGUAAGUGCAAGUCCAACAUUUAUAGAUGUCUGUCAAUUGAAUAUAAGAGAAUGAGUUAA